AUGUUGAAACAAACACUUUACUGCCAGUGGAAUGACUGUGGACUAGCCUUUGACAGUGCUGAUGAACUUUACAAUCACUUAUCUGAUGACCAUGUUGGAAGGAAAUCAACAAAUAACUUAUGCUUACAAUGUCACUGGAAUAACUGCGGCACAGUGGCGGCUAAACGUGAUCACCUUGCUAGUCAUAUCAGGGUACACUUGCCAUUUAAACCUCAUGUUUGCUCUAUAUGUAAAAAGGGAUUCAAACGACCUCAAGACUUGAAAAAGCAUGAAAAGAUUCAUACGGAAGAGCAUCAAUGUAACGUACUUGCUAUUAUUGUUUAA